GCCGGGGACCUGCGCGCCCGCGUACCGCCGCCGAGGAGCAGAGACAGGGCCGCCCCAUGCCUGCGCACUUGCUGGAGGAGGAGGAGUUCUCCUCCGCUUCCAGCACCACCACUGUCGGCACCGUCACCUCCCGGGUGACCAGGAAUGGGGAUGCCGUCAUGGAGAAGGACUUACUCAAUCACGAGGACUUGGCAGGAGACCGGGGCAUGAUAGACGAUAUCUUUGAUGAGACCUACCGGGAGAAGGAGGGCCCCAAGCCCCCCAUGCGAUACGUCUGGAGGAAUAUCAUCCUCAUGAGCCUGCUGCAUCUAGGGGGCAUAUUUGGGUUGACGCUGAUACCUUCUGCAAAGAUCCAGACAUUGGCAUGGGCCAUUCUGUGUUUCCUGGUGAGUGCUCUGGGGAUAACAGCUGGAUCUCACCGCCUCUGGAGCCAUCGGUCCUACAAAGCCACGCUGCCCCUGCGGAUCUUCUUGACUAUUGCAAACUCUAUGGCCUUCCAGAAUGACAUCUACGAGUGGGUCCGGGACCACCGCGUCCAUCACAAGUUCUCCGAGACAGACGCAGACCCUCACAACGCCAUGCGGGGCUUCUUCUUCUCCCACAUUGGCUGGCUGCUGGUGCGCAAGCACCCAGACGUCAUAGAGAAGGGCCAGAAGCUGGACCUGAGUGACAUAAAGGCUGACAAAGUGGUGAUGUUCCAGCGGAGAUACUACAAGCCCUCGGUGGUGUUGCUGUGCUUCACGCUGCCCACUGUAGUGCCCUGGUACUUCUGGGAUGAAUCCAUCGUCAUCAGCUUCUUCAUUCCAGCCAUCCUGCGCUACACCAUAGGGCUCAAUGCCACUUGGCUAGUGAACAGUGCUGCUCACAUGUUUGGCAACCGGCCGUAUGAUCAGCACAUCAACCCACGGGAGAACCCCCUGGUCAGCCUGGGGGCCCUAGGAGAAGGCUUCCACAACUACCACCACACCUUCCCCUACGACUACUCCACCAGUGAGUUUGGCUGGCGCUUCAACAUAACCACAGCCUUCAUCGACCUCAUGUGCCUCCUGGGGCUGGCCAGCGAUCGCAAGAAGGUCUCCAAGGAGGUCAUCCUGGCUCGGAAAAUGCGGACUGGAGAUGGGAGUCACAAGAGUGGUUGAGUUUCUGCUCCCCUUCACACACACAUCCACACCUCUCCUUCCUCCUUUUUUCUCCCUUUCUCCCUUCCUGACCCCUCCGAACACGCUGGACAAAGGUUUAAUGUUCUGUUUACUAACUACUGAAUAAUGCUACCAGUUUGCUUAAGAUAAUGAUAAUGAGUUUUAACCCGCCUCCCACGCUGUAUUUUACAUGAUGUACUUAAGAUCUAGGACUCUGCCUUUAUAACGUAAGGCCACCCCUUUCCCUCCUCUCCUUUUCCUUUCCGUUCUUUCUCUCUAGCCCCUCUACCCCGUCUCCCGCUUUACGUCAUCCCGGUCUCUCCCUGGCAGAGGAGCUGGUAGGAAGCAGCCUGGGGAGGCCCAUCGCAGCUGGCUAUGUACCAUGGAGUUAAGGGAAGCCUGUACCAGCCAGCUGAAGAGUUGAGCCAAAGUCAGUGACCCUCUCCCCACCACCUUCCCCCCAAAACUCCUUCCUCUGUCCCCCCUCCUUCCUCAAGGGCUGCUGACACACGUGGCAUGGCUAAACUGCUCUCCCCAGGAAAAGCAGCCCCUUCUGUUGCCAUCAGAAAGAGUUGUCUCUUUCCAAGCUGUCUCUUUGGAAGUGUUCUCCGCCCCUCCCCACCGCACAGCCUCUCUGGCUGGGGAGAGGGGAGCCCCCAGACUCUCUCAGAGCUCCAGCCAGGUUCAUCGGUGGCCGGGGGGGUCUGGUGGUGGCGGCAGCAGGCACUGGAGGGGGAGCCUUGGUGGCCU